CUGGAGGGAGGGAGGGAGGAGAGUGGGAGCGUACAGGUUGUGAACUGACUGAGAAAGAAACGAGUGUGAAAGUCAAGGAAAGAAGAGGCAAAGAAAGAAAAACAGAGGCUAACCAAAGAUUUCAAACAUGGCAAUCGAUUACCAAGAAGGUCAAGACCAGGUCUCCACCAGCACCCUGGAUUACCCAGUCAAACUAUAUCAAUCUACUGGGGUUCUGAAUAACCAAGUAGGUAAAGCAGGAAAGCACAAUGUUCUUCUACAGAAAAAGGAUGGACCCUGGGACACAGUACUGCUCAUAGGGACAGCCAUAGAGACGGAAGGGAGUCCUGCAAAGAAGAUAUCAAUCAUAGCACAAGCUGAGUGUGAGAAUAAUCAGCAGAUAUGCCCAAGUUCCCAGCAAGGCCCUCUGUAUAUGACAGACUGCAAGCAGUACAGUUUAUGUGAAAGCAAUGAGCACAUCCCAAAUAAUGUGGUGAACUGUACAGAGGGCAAAUUGGCACAGUCACCACGUUUUCCAAAAAGCAAAAAAAAGAGACGGAAAAGGACUGCUAAGAAUGAUCCUCAAACGUCAGCCAGAAGAGGCCAGACUACUCCAGAACAAGAGACCCGGACCCCUGUACCUGUGCAGGACGAAGAAUCCCAGUCAAAGCAGUGGUAUACCAAUGAUACGCUGGACUACUGUUCUACCCAGCAACAUAAUGGGUCAAACAUUGAUUACCCUAUUCAGAACAAGGAGCACUGUAUGAAAACUCACCAUCACAAGCUUAUCGCUCCAUCACAAUUUUUAUACCAUGUGGGAGCUGGAAAACUACAGCCACCCACUUCCCCACAAGGUAAUGCACCAUAUAACAGGCGACUGCCUGGAAUUAUCAGCGCCUUAGGGCUAGAUGACUGGGAAGACAAUCUGAGCCCACAUUGUGGCUACUCCAAGUUCACUAACUCCUGCAUAGACUCAAAAACCCAAUCUGUGGAAGAAGGGGUAUUGUUGGCUCUGAGGGAAAGCGUGAGCAAUGGGGUGCCACACAACCUGUGCACAUUAGCCAAGGCUUGGAAAAAUGAUGACGAGGAAGAAGUUGUGGACAAUGAAGGGAUCCUAUUAAGAGAGGAGCUGAAGAUGGAAGAUUAUGAGUAUAGAGAAGAUAAGCAAUGGAUGAAGUGUAAAGAACUGGGCAGUGGAUCUUUUGGGGAUGUGUACCUGGGAAAGGACAAAAAGACAGGAUUCCUGUUUGCAGCCAAAAAGAUUCACAAAAACAGAUUUCGAUCCCAGGAGUUGACAUGCUGUCUCUCUGUUGAUUCUGAAAAAAUACUCCCAGUGUAUGGGGCAGUCCGAGAGGGACCCUGGGUUACUGUGUUCAUGAAGUUCAUCAAUGGGGGAUCUCUGGGCCAGCUGAUCAUGAGACGUGGCUACCUAACAGAGGAAUUGGCCCUGUAUUAUAUGGCACAAGUACUGCUGGGCCUAAAACAUCUUCAUGCUGCCAAUGUGGUGCAUGGGGAUAUAAAAGCUGACAAUGUUCUCCUGAGUGAGGAUAGUAAAACUGUGUAUUUGUGUGACUUUGGCCAUGCUGCACAUCUCCCUCCCGGCAAGUCCAGUGCACAACUAGUGACAAGUGAAUAUGUCCCGGGUACUGAGACACACAUGGCCCCAGAUAUAGCAGGUGGAAAACCCUGUGACACAAAAGUAGAUGUGUGGAGCGCAUGUUGCAUGUUCCUUCACAUGUUGAACGGCUGGCAUCCAUGGAGCCGCACGCACACUGCACCCUUAUGUCUGAAGAUUGCUACAGAACCGCCACCUAUACAUGAGAUACCCCCCAGCUGUCACAUGCUAACCCGCAAUAUUAUAACGGCUGGAUUACAGAAAGAUCCAAGUAAUAGAGCAACAGCAGCCGAUCUGCUAGAAAAAGUGAAUGUUGCACUCACUAAAAUGGGAGGUGUGAAAUUUCCACAUAGCUCAGAAUACAGAGAACCGCGGAGUUUCCCUGUUGUCUCCAAGGAAGUACCAGAGGUCACUCACUCCAAAUCCACGUUGUGUGCUGGAGAAUGUGGCACUACGUUGUGCCACCACAUGAAAUGCAUAACAGAAAUACCUACUUUCACUCUGAGAGACAAAAGUGUGGAUCAACCCAAAAUCUCAUGUGACAUGGAGAUAGAGCGUUUAGAAAUAGAUCUAUAUAAGGAGAACCUCUCCCAGCCAUUCUUACUUGAGGAACAGCAAGAAAUGUUUUUGAGUGGCGACAGCCUGGAGCUUCUGCCCAGCCACAAGGACUCCAUGACUACUUUGGACACUAAAAGUUCAGGGAUUUACUCAUGGGACAGCCAGAUGGAACAAUGGAGCUUACAAAGUGAUUCACUGUCCAGCGGAGGAAUAACAGCCCCCAGUUGGUUCAACGGUGUCAAAGUUAAACUACAAACCUUCAGUGGGGAGAUAUUUCACAUCUGGGAGUCCGGCAGGACGAAAUUGGGAGAUCUGGCCGUGGGAAUCAGCAGUCAGAUCCCUAUAAAGUCUUUUACCAUAUUAAGCUCGAAUGGAAUCUCAAUCCCAUGGAGUACAGACAUUGCAGACUGCGGGAUUGACCUACAGUGUUCUCUAGCUCCUGACUGUGGCGGGAGCUGGCUUUGGAGGGUGAAAAAGGGAAUAAUGGAAGAAGGGAAUACAGGGGAAGUAUAUACAGGUGGAGGGACAGAUGCCCCAAAUUUCCGAGCACCAGAGUGACCGCUGACAGCAAACAAUUCUUACACUUUCUUGUUCAACUGCUUUAUGUGGCUUAUUGGUUGUAAAGUUUCGAAUCAUAUCAGGCAUCACCAAACCACAGACAAAUGUGUAUAUGAAAUGUACAUAUCUGAUAUUAUUCUAUAUAGUUGAUACUCCUGACUUAUAAAAUUGCAAUAACUAUCUACUGUCAGAAUAAUACAGAGGUUUUCUGAAGUUUAGCUUUAUUUAUGAAGUGGUGGCUUUUGUAAGCAGCUGCUUCCUGUCGAGUUGGAGGUGGAAAUCUUUACACUGACUGCGAGUAACGUUUUAACGAAAACCGCCGCUUUGUCAAUAAAGCCCAUAGACAGCAUUUUUAAGGGACUGGUGAGAGCAUUAACAGCAGAAAGCACCCAGCAUUGUCUGGGCAGUGCAUUAAUACACCUUCUGUACCGAUUCUAUACAGGAGUCUGGAUUCUGAAGUGUGAAGUCCUUGCACAGGACACUUUAAUUAUAUAUCGAUCUUUCAACUCUAAGCAACAGUGAUCUAGAUUUAUAAAUGAUUUAUGUGAAGCCAUUGCUACCUACUGUAUACAGUAGAUCAUAAUUUUGUGGCUGAACCAGUAUCAAUGAAUGAAUUUAGUAGGAACUAAGAACAUCACUAAUGAGCUAAGCGCACAAUGGUGCAGAUGUAUUAACCUGGAGAAGGCAUAAGGAAGUGAUAAAC